AUGGAUUUAGCAAAAUCUCUCUUUAGUUCACGCGAUCAUAUGGGUUACGUGGGACGUGAGGACCACGAACGUAAAAUUAGUGCAGCUUUAGCAGAUGACGACCCAGAAGAUGUGAUUGAUGCUAUACGAGGACUAAACAUUGCUGAUGAACUGCUUCCCGCACCAGGUGGACCAUUCUCGGCACUUACACCAAGUAUGGUCCCUCAAGAUAUUAUGGCUAAAUUGGCGCAACCCGAAUCUGAAGGUCACGGCGGUGGACUGCCUGACUACAGAUUUGACGAAUUUGGAUUUUGUGUGGAAGAAGAAGACGAACCCGAACAAAGUCCAAAUAACACACUAACAGAUGCUUCAGUUGAAGAUGAUCAACACCGUCUUCAGUGGGAAUUUUAUAGCAAAGAAAUAAAUUUUUCCGAAGGUAAGCUGGAAAAAACUGAUAAAUUACAGAAAAUGGUGAAAGAUGGUGUUCCUCACUCACUGCGUCCUCAGGUGUGGAUGCAUCUGUGUGGUGCAAAUAAGAAAAGAGCAUCUACUGAAAUUACGUAUCAUGAAAUUGUGAGAGCUUCUAGUGAUGAUGGACUGGUAACAAGUAAACAAAUUGAGAAAGAUUUGGUCCAAAUAUUGCCUAACAAUGUAUGUUUUUCACACCCGACUAGCACAGGUGUGCCAAGACUGCGUAGAAUAUUGAGAGCACUUGCAUGGUUGUACCCUGAUAUAGGUUACUGUCAGGGUACUGGCAUGAUAGCAGCAUCAUUGUUGCUUCUAAUGGAAGAAGAAGAUGCAUUUUGGAUUAUGUGCACAACGGUUGAAGAUCUUUUGCCUGCUUCAUAUUACUCUUCAACUCUGAUAGGAAUUCAAGCAGAUCAAAAAGUGUUGAGAAGUCUCAUUUCUAGCUAUCUACCUGGAAUAGAUCAAGUCCUUAAUGCACAUGACAUUGAGCUCUCUUUGAUUACAAUGCAUUGGUUUCUGACUUUGUAUGCUAAUGUAGUGCACAUUAAUAUAUUACUGAGAAUAUGGGAUCUCUUUUUCUUAGAUGGCUCAUUAGUGCUAUUUAAAGUUACGUUGGCCAUGUUAAAAAUGAAAGAGAAUAGAUUUACUGAGAUUUCAAAUUCAGCUCAGAUUUUUAAUGCUCUCUCUGACAUUCCUGGUGAAAUUGAUGAUGUUGAUGUUCUUGUAAAAACUAUAGAUGAAGUCUGUGGAGAUACUUUAAGUCCAACACUGAUUGAGACUCAUAGAAGACGACACCUCGCAUAUCUAAUGGCAGACCAAGGUGCACUAGUUGGUAACCCCAGUGCUGUACCCAAUCUCCCUAAGCAACAACUUCAAAGGCGGCAAAUAAAGAAGAGUAAAUCAGUUAUACAAACAAUACUUUUUGGAGAAGAUAGCAACAAUGAAGAUGCUGUUUCUAAGAAUGUCAAACAAACUGAAAUUUUAGUCGAUCUCAGAGAAGCAAUUCUACAAGUUGCACGUCAUUUUUUGGCCCUUGAACCACAACUAGCAUCUGAGGUACAGUUGACAGCAGACUACACAAUGCAAAGCCAUGCUGCAGAUCGAGAAAGAUAUGUUAAUGUAUCUCGUAGUAAGAGACGUAGGGCUAAAGCAUUAUUGGACUUUGAGAGAAGAGAUGGGGAUGAAUUGGGUUUUAGAAAAAAUGAUGUAAUUGAAGUUAUAAGUUCCAGGGAUGAACAUUGCUGGAUUGGAGAGUUAAAUGGACUGAGAGGUUGGUUUCCAGCUAGAUUCGUAAAACUUCUAGAUGAAAAAGGUGUCAAGUAUAGCAGAGCUGGAGAUGACUCUGUGACAGAGAAGGCUGCACAUUUGGUCAGAGGGGUGUUAGCUCCUGCUUUCAAAAGGGUCCUUCUACAUGGAAUAAAGCGUCCUAGUUUUUUGGAUGGACCUUGCCAUCCCUGGCUUUUCAUUGAAGAAGCCUCUUCGAGAGAGGUAGAAAAAGAUUUUAAUUCAGUAUAUAGUCGCCUGGUACUUUGUAAGACAUAUCGUUUAGAUGAAGAUGGAAAAGUAUUGACUCCUGAAGAGCUGCUGUAUAGAUGUGUCCAAGCCAUUAAUUUAUCACAUGAUAAUGCCCAUGCACAAAUGGAUGUAAAACUGCGAACAUUGAUAUGUAUGGGACUCAAUGAAGAAGCUUUACAUUUAUGGCUGGAAGUAUUAUGUUCAUGUGUUGAUGUCGUUCAGAAGUGGUUCCAUCCAUGGUCAUUUAUAAACUCUCCAGGGUGGGUACAGAUAAAAUGUGAAUUGAGGAUAUUGUCUCAAUUUGGAUUCAAUCUUAACCCUGACUGGGAAUUGCCAUUGAAGAAAGAUACACAGAAUCAACCAUUGAAGGAAGGGGUCCGAGAUAUGCUUGUAAAGCAUCAUUUGUUUUCAUGGGAUCUGUAA